AUGGCCCGUAACAGCGAAAAGGCGCAGUCUAUGCUGUUCCGCUUCCGGGCGGCACAAGCAGCCGAUCUGGGCAUUCUUGAUAUCGGCCGGACACGCCGCCCGAAAGCCAUCACAUCCAUCGAUUCGAUCCCUACCUGUGAGAAAUGGCGUGGCCAGGUCCUCAAGGAGAUUUCGCGCAAGGUCACACGCAUUCAAGACCCCAGUCUGAGCGACUACCAGAUUCGCGACCUGAACGAUGAAAUCAACAAGCUCAUGCGCGAAAAAUGGAUGUGGGAAAUGCAGAUACGGAAUUUAGGCGGGCCUAAUUACAUGCGGGGUGGAGGGCGGGUCUAUGACGAUGAAGGAAGGGAGAUACCGGGUGGUGGGAAAGGGUAUCGCUACUUUGGGCGCGCGAGAGAACUUCCCGGCGUCAAAGAGAUGUUCGAGGCGGCCGCCAGGCGAGGGCGUAGACCCGCAGAGGAGGAAGAGGAUACCGGAGGAGGCCGUGGAGGAGAUGUGGCCAAGAAGAAUGUCGAUGCAGCCUAUUUCGGAUAUGGGUUGGAUGAAGAGGAUGGGACGCUACUGGCGUACGAGAAGAAGAAGGAGAAGGAGGCUCUCGAGAGUAUGAUGAAGCAAGGGAAGGAGGACGACGUGGAGGAUGGAUGGGAACCAUUACCGGGCGAUGCUGGCGAUGGUGUUGAGUGGCGAUUGCCGACACUUGAGGAAGUGCAAGAAGAACUCGUCGACCGGAGGAGACGGCGAUUGCUGGACAAGAUCUCAUAA